CCUUUUCUCAAAAUAAAUAAAUUCAUUUUUUACCUGAGAUGAUUCAAAAUUUAUUAGAUCUGAAAGAUUUCAGGAUGAAUAAAUGAAGAUGGCAUCUAGGACAUUCAACCUGUAAGACGCCUGAUCGACAACUUAAACAAUACAUCAUCUUUUUAUAGCCAUCGCCUCAUUACCGUUUCAACAUUCGAGAAACACAUUUUAUAAUGUUGGGAAGUUUACUAAACAAUUUAUCUAAAAUAUCCCAAGAAAUAUAGAAAGAUUACAAUUUUUUUGGUGGUAUGAAAAAUAAAAUAGAAUGAAAUUUCGAAGAUUUAAAGGUAGGCGGAGAGUGAGCGCCAGCAGCAUCCAAAUAGAUGAUCAGAAUAUGACCAAUCUAAUCGGCUCCCGCUUGUCUUCAUGGAACAUAGAGAACGACCUGUACUUUAAUGACCCAGCUAACCGCGAUAUAGUUAUAACUAACGCGGAAAGUUAUAAAGGUGACGAAAAAGUCGAAAAUGGGGAGGAUAAUAUUACCAAAAAAGUGAAAGUAAAACUGAAAGAAAGAGGAAAAGAUAAAAAUUUUGAAUUGAAUUCCGCUAAUGACCCAAAUAUAACAUACAGGAGUGACAGAUCUUCCAAAAAUCACACUAUGAGUGAUUCCGAUACGGACAAACACGUCGGUAGCAUGGACGAUGAGACUCACACGGCGACCUUCUCUUCGCUCGACAAAACUCCCUCUAAUCGGCAGGACCCUUUCGAAAAUCUCAAUUCCAGCUACACUUACUACCAUAAAAACAAGAGGAAAAAACUUUUUUUCGACAUGAUGAAUCCCUCUAACAGGGUGAACACGACCAAUACCAUCCCGGCCACCUUAAGCAAUCCUCCAUCCUCCACGGGAGCCAGUCGGGGAAUCGCACUCCGUAAAAAUAUAGACACGCCUCCAAAUAAAGGAGGUCCCCCCGAUAAAACCGGCUCUAGGGGCAGGCCUGAUGCUGGCGGAAUCAAUAUGGAGUACGUGGAGGGACUCAUGCCCGAACCCAAACACGAGCUCACCUUCAAAGAAAAACAGUAUCUCAUAGCCGUUGAAAAAGGGGACGUUCCAACUGUAGGUAAGAUCCUAGAAGAAGCUCAACUUUACUUUCACAUCAACAUAAACUGCGUCGAUCCGCUCAACCGUUCUGCCCUAUUGAUAGCCAUAGAAAAUGACAAUUUGGAAAUGUUAGAACUGCUACUCAAGUAUCAUGUGGACACUAAGGACGCCAUCUUGUACGCCAUUUCAGAGGAAAUGGUCGAAGCCGUAGAGCACCUUCUCAACUAUGAGGAUGGGCAACGGGUCAAACAAUAUGAAGCGGCUAAGGGAGCUCUAGGAGGACAGGGGUCUAUUAAGUACACGGAAAAAAUAGAUAACAAAGAGUACGAAAGCGCUUUUACCUGUGAUAUAACUCCACUUAUCCUGGCAGCCCACAAGGACAAUUACGAGAUUGUCAAAUUACUGCUUGACCGAGGUGCAAAAAUUUCGCGACCGCAUGACGUUAGAUGCGGCUGUCGCACAUGCGUCAUGCAAAGCGAGACUGACAGUCUUAGACACAGCUUGAGUCGCAUACAUGCCUACAGGGCGCUCUCAAGUCCGUCUCUCAUUUGCCUCACAUCACGUGAUCCUAUCAUGACAGCAUUUACAAUAUCUUGGGAACUCUCCCAGCUCAGCAGUAUGGAGUAUGAAUUCACGACCGAAUAUGACGAACUUUCCACUAAAUGUCGAAGAUUCGGAACCGAUCUCUUAGACCAGACAAGAACUUCUACCGAGUUAAAGGUUAUCCUUAAUCACGUGGAAACGGAGAAAUUCAUAGACAUGUACUACAACUCAUCGGUAUCGGCGGCCAAAAUAAGUUCUGCUUUUGCCGCCGUCUUCUCCUCGUCUAUGUCCAGGUCAGGCACUUUCCUGGGAGGCGGUAGAGCCAGCCUAGGUGGAAACGACGACUCUAUACUGUGGUUUUUCCGCGGGCCUCCCCGCUUGGCCCGCUCGAUUUGGCGGUUUAUCAAAAAUCUUAAAAAAAUCAAGCAUAUAAAGACUGCUAGAGAAAAGGAAGAGGAGGAAGCAGAGGCAAGGCGGCGCCAAGAGACAACUAAGGCACUCAUACCCGCUUGGGGCAAGGAACGCAUGCAUCUCUCUCGCCUCAAAUCGGCCAUUAAAUACGGGCAGAAAGAGUUUGUAUCUCAUCCCAAUUGUCAACAGCUCCUAGGAGCAAUAUGGGCUGAGGGGUUACCCGGUUACAGAAGGCGCAACUUAUUAUCUCGAACCCUUAUAGUGCUUUCCAUAGCCGCCGUUUUCCCCAUCCUUUCUAUAUGCUACAUAUUGGCUCCUCACAAUAUGCCCGGGCGCGUCAUGAAAAAACCUUUUAUCAAAUUCAUAUGCAACAGCGCUUCUUAUAUCACCUUUUUGGUGUUGUUGAUUUUGGCAUCUCAGCGGAUUGAAAAUAUAACUAUGAUAGUUCAGGGUGAACAGCAGCACAUCAAAAACGAACGCAGGGGUUCUCCGCCUACCAAUUUUGAGUGGAUGAUAUUGGCUUGGAUAGCAGGUUUAGUUUGGGGUGAAAUAAAGCAACUUUGGGUGGAAGGAUUUCAGGAGUACCUAGAAGAUAUGUGGAACGUCAUUGAUUUUAUUACUAACGCCCUGUAUAUCGCUACCAUAACUCUAAGAGUUCUUGCUUAUUUGCAGGUUCAAAAGGAAAUAUCGGAACAUAACGAAGCCGCCUUCGCUCCUAGGAAAGAUUGGGUGGCUAAUGACCCGACUCUAAUAAGCGAGGGUUUGUUCGCUGCUGCCAAUAUCUUCAGCUCUUUAAAACUCGUUUAUAUCUUCACUGUGAAUCCUUACCUGGGACCAUUGCAAAUCACCUUGGGUAGAAUGACAUUUGACGUCUUAAGAUUUUCCAUUAUCAUUCUAUUAGUCGUAUUUUCGUUUUCUUGCGGCUUAACUCAGUUAUAUUGGUAUUAUGGUGAAAUGAGGGCUGAAGAAUGCAAUAAGGAUAAAAAUAGCGAUUCAUGUCAGAAAAGAUAUCAACGCUUUUCUAACUUAUUUGAAACGGUCCAAACUCUAUAUUGGGCUAUAUUCGGCCUCGUGGACCUCGAUAACACCGAACUCAAAGAACCCCAUGUUUACACAGAAUUCAUAGGUCUUCUUAUGUUUGGGGUUUACAGCGCUAUAGCUAUUGUCGUUCUACUUAACAUGCUGAUUGCCAUGAUGUCCAAUUCCUAUCAAAUUAUUUCCAAUUCCGCCGAUACUGAAUGGAAAUUCGCAAGAUCCAAGUUAUGGAUUAGUUAUUUCGAUGAAGGGGCGACGGUUCCGCCUCCUUUCAACAUUAUUCCUUCCCCCAAAUCAAUAUAUUACUUGUGCAUAUGGAUCGCCGAUAAACUUUAUUGUGUGCUCUCUAUCGAUCGUAAACUAAAUCAAGAGAGAUCUAUCAAGAAAAUUUUUCAGAAAGCAAAUGAAAAGGAGGCAAGAUACCAAAUGGUUAUAAGAUCCUUAGUGAAACGUUACAUCACUAAUAUGCAGCGGAAAAAACAGCAGUAUUCGGGCGUUACAGAAGAUGACAUAAACGAAAUAAAACAGGAAAUAUCUUCUUUUCGGUUCGAGAUGCUCGAAAUAUUUAAGAAGACUGUCGAUAUGUUGAAGAGUUCAAGCGAAUUCGCCGAAGACGCUGAGGAAAGCAAUAUUUUGAAUUUACAGGCUAGCCGUACCAUCAAACCCAACAAAAAGAUCCUUCAAAAAGAACGUCGGCUUAUGAAAGGGAGCCUGGACGUGAAUCCCGUCCAACAAAGCCAAUCCAUAAUAACUGAUACCGCCAAGGCCGGAUUUGUAGGGGGACUUAUCUCGGAAGCUAAUGGCGGAUCCAGUAACGGAACAGCUAAGGGCAAUAAUAUUAAGAGGCUCAACAGCAUACGUAAAAGUCACAAACAUCGACCCCAGAAUUAUAGGGGAUGGGACAAACUUCUCCGUGUGCUCAAAUCUAAGACUAUCCCCACUGCCAUGUCUUCUGGGAAAUCCGCUGAAGUAACUACAUCUAGCCCACUUCCCGCUUCUUCCUCCCCCACCUCUACUAUGCCUCCGGUGACUAUUAUUUCUGGAACGCCCUCUAUAAUAUCCACCGAUAAAAAACACCGCCCCACUUUGGGUUCUGGGACCAAAAGAGGAUUUCUACAUCAUCGACACCGGGUAGACGAAGAUGAUCACGAUGGCGAUGAAGAAAGGAAGCGACUUCUCGGGUCCCGCCGUGGGGGUAUUAGGGAACUUUCUGAAGACAAAGAUGCCGCCGCUUCUUUCGAAAUGACCAACCUGGCCACAAGUGGCGAAUCGCUCAGUCCCCCUUCACCUGUUGUACGUCCACCAUCUGCCAUCCUAACUACUCCCACUAGGACAGAAACUGUAAUUGUAGACAUGUCUAUGCCAGCGGCUAUGCCCGCCCCGUUGAAGCCAGAACCUGUGACUGGACUGCCCCCGGUAUCAUCCAGUAUUCCUACUAGCCUUAACCCGUUCUUAGCAGGAGCUACUGCCGAUUCUGCCACUUCACAAGAGGAACACCUACCCAGACCGCCUUUAUCUGCUGCCGCUAAAGGGAGUGAAGAACAUCUGCCCCCUUCCAAACAUUUAAAAACUACCAAUUUCUUGGACAUUUAAUUAUACUUUUAAAACAAUCGAUAGGACAUAAUUUAAUUUUUAUUUCCAUGUUAGAUAUU